CAUCGGGCGCGAGCUCUGUGCCUCUAGUGAGGAGUCCGGGCUCUGUAUACUGUAUAUAUAUAUAACGGGGCACAUAACACCUGCAUUGCCAUAGAGUGAGCUGGUCCCACAUCAUGGACAUUGGGGGAGUCAGUCACACGGCGCUCACUUACAGGGGAUAGGCGUGGCGGAGGCGGGGCAUUACUUUCCCCGGCCACGCCUCCGAAUGUUGCUGACGGCACGAAAACACGAUUACCCUGAGCGGUCAAAGAGAUAACGCUGCUCUGGUCUCCUCAUCAUCAGUCACAAUGCCCUUCUCAGACUUCGUGGCGGCCCUGAAGGACAACCCUUACUUUGGGGCAGGGUUUGGUCUGGUUGGCGUGGGCACGGCGCUGGCAUUAGCCCGUAAGAGUGCCCAGCUUGGAAUGGUGGCCUUCCGGAGACAUUACAUGAUAACACUGGAGGUCCCCAGCAAGGACAAGAGUUACCAAUGGCUGCUGAGCUGGAUCUCCCAUCACGCCAAACGUACACAACAUCUGAGCGUAGAGACCUCGUACCUGCAGCACGAGAGCGGCCGCAUCAGCACCAAGUUUGACUUUGUGCCCAGCCCCGGGAAUCACUUCAUUUGGUACCGAAAUAAGUGGAUUCGUAUAGAGAGAAAUCGUGAGAAGCAAAUGAUCGACUUACACAGCGGGACCCCAUGGGAGUCAGUCACGUUCACCGCAGUCGGGACUAAUCGGGACCUUUUCUUCCACAUUCUCCAAGAAGCCAGAGAACUCGCUCUGCGCCAGCAGGAAGGGAAGACGGUGAUGUACACGGCGCUGGGGUCAGAAUGGCGACCAUUUGGUUUCCCUAGACGCAGACGACCCCUGACCUCUGUGGUGCUAGAAGAAGGCAUCUCCGAUAAAAUUGUUCAGGAUGUGAAGGGAUUCAUCGACAAUCCGAAGUGGUACAGUGAGCGAGGAAUCCCGUACAGACGAGGAUAUCUCCUAUACGGCCCGCCGGGAUGUGGGAAGAGCAGCUUCAUCACAGCCCUGGCCGGAGAGCUGGAGUACAGCAUCUGCCUGAUGAGCCUGAGUGACAACAGCCUGUCCGACGACCGCCUGAACCACCUCCUGAGCGUCGCUCCGCAGCAAAGCAUCAUUCUAUUAGAGGACGUGGAUGCUGCUUUUGUUAGUCGUGACCUGGCAAAGCAGAAUCCUGCUGCGUAUCAGGGAUUUGGCCGCUUAACCUUUAGCGGUCUGUUAAAUGCUCUGGAUGGCGUCGCCUCCACAGAAGCUCGCAUCGUCUUUAUGACGACCAAUCACAUUGACAGGUUGGACGCGGCGCUGAUCCGUCCCGGCCGCAUUGAUGUCAAGCAGUUCAUAGGACCCUGCAGCCGCUGGCAGCUGACCCAGAUGUUUCAGAGGUUUUACCCGGAGCAGCCCGUUUCUGCCGCAGAGGAAUUUGCAGACAUGGCCCUCAAUGCCUUUGAGAACAUAAGUGCCGCCCAAGUGCAGGGUCACUUCAUGAUGCACAAAAAUGACCCCCAGGCCGCCAUAAAGAACAUUCACUCUCUAGCUACAUAACGGACCCCAGAGCGGCAGUGUGAGGGGCCGCACAGUCGUAUAAAGGGCCGAGCAGUCGUAUGAAGGGCCGAGCAGUCGUAUGAAGGGCCGCACAGUCGUAUGAAGGGCCAAGCAGUCAUAUGGGACUGAAGAUGUUCUACAACGGUUUCAAGACCUCUGCUUGCUUUUCAGAUUGUCCUGAGAAGUAUGAACAGUUAAUGGGGAACUCAAAGGGAGAUGAAUGGGAUAAGUUUUUGCUCUAGAAUGUUCUGAUUCUAGAUGAACAAAGAUCUUGAAAAAAGCAAUAAAUGGAAGCAUAAAGUAUUUCAGAAAGUUGAAGUAACUAUUAUCAGGCAUUGUAUAAGUUUUAUAUACAUAAAUCAGAAAUAAAGAAACAGAAACUUUCAUCUCAUUGUUCAUUG